GUUAUGACGUACGUUCGUGUCGAAAAGCGUCACUCACCUCUUCCCUGCUCAUAAGCAAAGCUACUUAGCAUAUGUUCCAAGACUGGGUUGUCUUCAUUCAAUCAAUAGCUAAACACAGAAUGGCCUCAGCUCCUGCCCAGCAGCCCACGCUUACUGUAGAGCAGGCUAGAGUGGUGCUGAGUGAGGUCAUCCAAGCCUUUUCUGUGCCAGAGAAUGCAGCACGGAUGGAGGAGGCACGGGAGAGCGCCUGCAACGAUAUGGGCAAGAUGCUGCAGCUGGUGCUUCCUGUGGCCACCCAGAUCCAACAGGAGGUCAUCAAGGCAUAUGGUUUCAACAAUGAGGGCGAGGGUGUCCUGAAAUUUGCACGUCUGGUGAAGAUGUACGAAACUCAAGACCCAGAGAUAGCAGCCAUGUCCGUCAAACUGAAGUCACUUCUCCUACCUCCCCUUUCCACUCCACCCAUAGGUGGCGCCAUCCCAACCUCAUAGGAAACCUUUGUGGAUUGUCUUGUCUUUAGGGGCAUCUAAACAAUUUACUGGACUUAAGUGUGCAUGGUCACUUAUCACCUACUUGCAAGCCUGGAACUCCUCUCAAAUAAUUGUAGGGAAAACAGUGAGUUAGUUACCUUAGUAUCAUCACCCAAGCUAAUACAAAUCUGACCAGUAUUGGAUGAAAAGGAAAAAGUCAGCAAUGGAAGUUCUGACUGGAAUGGACAAAUUAUAUUCUUCAAAAUACAGUUGUAGUUAUCCUGGAUUUAAAUGUUACUUCUGACCGCUAGUGUUACGUACUUUUAUUUAUGUAUAUUGGUUACUUUUAUGUAUUUUGCCAUUUAUACAAUGACUUGUGUGAGAGGAGUGAAAUAAGUUUACUUGUAAUUCAGAAUUGUUUCAUUCCAUGUGUUUGUGACCUUUUAUACUGCCUUUGUAUGUUUUACUGCUGAAUAUGUAAUAAUACAUGUACAAAAUAAUCUGUUUAUUUAAAUAAAAAAAAAAGCAGAAAAUGGCAA